GCUGAUUUUUUAGAAAUUGUGCUCCAGUGGUUCCUUGCUUUCCCUGAAGGAGGCAUUAUUGCUGAGUCCAGGGCACCUGGUUCUGCCGGCAAGGACCAGCGCAGUUCUCCCAGGUGGAUGGCCAAGAAGACGUCUGCAGGCUGACGACUCUGGUCUUUGCUCCCUCCAGAAACUCUCCAAAGAGAGGCAGAUAGAUAGAUAGAUAGAUAGAUAGAUAGAUAGAUAGAUAGAUAGAUAUCGGGAUACAUCUACAUUUUCUCUCUCCUUUCCCUCGCUCUCUCCUGGCGUUGCAUCUUGGGCGGAAGAAUGGUUGCAGAAGUCCAAGAGGUUAUUUUUGGCCUGGGAUGCUUGCUCCUUUAUUUAACUCUGGAAACCGAUGCCGAUCCGGAUGUCUCCUGCAUAUUUAACAGCAAGAAGUACAAGGCAGGGGAGAGCUGGCACCCUUACCUGGAGCCGCAAGGAGUGAUGUACUGCAUCAGGUGCACCUGCUCUGAGGAUACCAAUGUCAGCUGCUCCCAAAUCCAGUGCCUGCCUCUUCAGUGUCCGAAUCCCAUCAGCGACCCACACCAAUGCUGUCCCAAGUGCCCAGAGCUGCUCACCCCGCCUGGGGUCCAGACGCCAGCCAAUUCCUCCUGCCGCUACAACGGAACAGCCUACCGGCAUGGCGACAUCUUCACCCACAACGAGCUCUUCCCUUCCAGGCAGACAAAUCAGUGCACCCAGUGCAGUUGCUCGGAAGGCCACAUUUACUGUGGCCUGGUGACCUGCCCAGAGGUGCUGUGUGCCUCUCCCGAAACCAUACCAGGCUCCUGCUGCCAAGUCUGCAGAGAUAAUUCCUUUGAGAGGUUGAUAGAAGAGCCCCAAUUAAACAGAGGCGUCAGGCACCCCCGUUACCACUGCGCAGUGGGCGCCGGGAGCAGAGGAUCUGCCGGAGCAGUUGAUCCCCCGACGGGCGCCUCGCUGGAACUGAUCCCCAAGAGCAUCAAGCAGAAAGUGAGGAGCGGCGGAACGACGGUCAGAAUCAUCCUGAAGGAGCAGAACAAAAAAGCUUGUGUCUACAACGGGAAGACCUACUCGCACGGAGAAGUGUGGCACCCCACGAUCCGCCACUUUGUGCUCCUGCCCUGCAUCCUGUGCACGUGCAAAGAUGGGAGCCAGGAUUGCCGGAAGAUCACAUGCCCCAAGGAGUACCCCUGCGAGGAACCCGAAAAUGUGGAAGGGAAAUGUUGUAAAGUCUGCCCAGAGGACAAAGAGGCGCCCACGGACAGCGGGGUCGAUACCACCAGAUGCCAAGUGUCCGUCUACAUGUUUGUUCCAUCCUCCGCCUCGGAGAACCCCAAAGAGAACUUGAGGAAGAUUGCGAUCGAGCGGGAAUCCUCGGAAGAUGUCGAGAUCUACAUCUGGAAGCUCGUGAAAGGAAUCUUUCAUUUGAUCCAGAUCAAGAAGGUCAAGAAACAAGAGUUCCGGCAAGAAGUGCAGAACUUCCGGCUAGUUUCCAGGACAAAUGAAGCUUACUGGAACACGUUCCUGGUGCAAGGCCCAGAGGCGAAGAUCUCCGAAAGUCCGGACAGAGAAAUCAAGAACUUGUAAAAGAAUUGGGGGUGGGGGGUGGAGUCUAUUGAUAUUAAUAUAUAUGGGGGAAAGUUGCCUUAUUGAGUAAACUAUCGCCGCGGAAGCAGGAAAGACAAUCUGCAACAAGCUUUGUGAAAAUGCCAGCAAAUUAACCCAUGGGAAUGAGGACGACCAAUAUGGCUGCUUGACUUCAACACUCUAGAUCCUGCCGAUGCAACCAGCCUUUCCAA